UUGAGCCGGUUCGCGCUGGAAGGCGCCGGCGACCAGCGGAUCGCACGCGCGGCGAUGGCGAGGACCGAGACCGAGGGGUUCGAGGGCCGGCAGCUCGACCGGAUCUCCGGCGGUGAGCGGCAGCGGGUGCUGUUGGCCCGAGCGCUGGCUCAGCAGGCGCGGGUCCUGCUGCUCGAUGAGCCGGUAGCCGGCCUCGACCUCCGGCACCAACUCGCGGCCAUGGAGACGUUGCGGACGGAAGUUGCCGGCGCCGGCGUCGCGGCGGUAGUGGCGCUGCACGACGUGUGGCUGGCGAGCAGAUACUGCGACCGGCUGGCGCUGCUGUCGAGCGGCGAGCUCGUGGCCGAGGGGACGCCGGCCGAGGUGUUCACGCCGGACCGCUUCCGGCAGGUGUUCGGAGUGGAGGCGACGGUCGAGCACGAUACCGGCACGGGAGUGCCGCACGUCCAUCUGGUCGGCCCGGCGCCGCCCUCAUCCGCCUCAUGA